GGGAGAGAGAGAGAGAGAGAGAGCCUCUCCAGAUGGAGUUUGGCGCGCAACUGGACUAGAUCGGUGUGCCCGUGCGUCCGCGACCCACUAGAAAGGCUGCCUCGCACUGCCUUGAUGACCUCGGCCUGGUCCCGAAUACACAGCGCAGCAGCCCGUCAUGGGGGACGGUGGCGCGUCCUCUGCGGUGAAUUUCCCGAACGGCUCUGGCACCGAGGCGCCGGACGCACCGGACCCCGCGACGGCCGCCUCCGAGCGGUGGAUGGCGGGGAUGAGCGUGCUGAUGGGCUUGAUCGUCGUGUCCAUCGUGCUCGGCAAUAUCCUGGUCAUCGUGGCCAUCGCCAAAACGCAGAGGCUGCAGACGCUCACCAACGUGUUCAUCGUGUCCCUGGCGGGCGCGGACCUCAUCAUGGGGCUGCUGGUGGUGCCGUUCGGCGCCGCGCUCGAGGUGCGCGGCUCGUGGCUGUACGGCAGCUUUUUCUGCGAGUUCUGGAUCUCCGCGGACGUCCUUUGCGUCACCGCCAGCAUCGAGACCCUGUGCGUUAUCGCCAUAGACAGGUACGUGGCCAUCACCUCGCCGUUCCGCUACCAAAGCUUGUUAACUAAAGCUCGGGCCAGAACGGUGGUGUGCGCGGUCUGGGUCAUCUCCGCGCUGGUCUCCUUCCUCCCCAUCCUGAUGCACUGGUCCCGGGACAGCGUGGACACCGCCUGCUACGAAGACCCCGAGUGUUGCGACUUUGUCACCAACCGGGCUUACGCCAUCUCCUCAUCCAUCAUAUCUUUUUACAUCCCUCUGCUGGUAAUGCUGUUUGUUUACGCCCGCGUGUACAGAGAGGCCAAACAGCAGCUGAUGAAGAUCGACAAGUGCGAGGGCAGGUUUCACAACACCUUGACGGGGCUGACGUCGAAGUUCAAGAAGAGGCCCUCUAAGAUCCUGGCGCUCAGGGAGCAGAAGGCGCUCAAGACGCUGGGCAUCAUCAUGGGGACGUUCACUCUGUGCUGGCUGCCUUUCUUUAUCGUCAACGUGGUGCGCGUGUUUUGCGCAGAGGUGGUGGACAAGGACCUUUUCGUGUUCCUAAACUGGCUCGGGUACGUGAACUCCGCGUUCAACCCCAUCAUUUACUGCCGCAGCCCGGACUUCAGGAAGGCUUUCAAGCGGCUGCUGUGCUGCCCGAGGCAAGCCGACCGCAGGCUGCACGUCAGCUCGUGUGACCUGUCGCGGUACUCCGGCGGGUUCGUCUCCGCGCUGGAGCCCGGCGCGCUGGGGCUGUGGUCCGAUUGCGCCGUCUUGGACGACGGCGGCGGCGGCAGCUUGGCUCGGGCCGCGAAGCUGUCGCACUUGGAAUCGCAGCUGUGAAGGGAAAGAAAAGUGGUCAAAGUGUGGUGGAUUAAUUACAAUUCACUCAUGAGGAUGAAAGGAUGAACGGGGGUUUCUUUUUGGGGGGGAAAAGGUGUGCGCAACAGCCGCAACUUAACUAAAGGCGACAUUGCAUUGUAUUGUAAGCAGUAUUUAUCAUUUCUAAAAUGCGUAAAUAUCACCAUGAGUUCGGUGAUGUUCAGAAAUGAUCCCAUUUUUUAAAUUUCAACCCUCAUUUUUUUGUUGUUCAGCGGACCUGAUAAACACCCUCGGUGCUGAGCGUGUUAUGGAUUCAGUGGAUGGACUCUCCAAAGAGCGCACGCUUUCAUCCCCUCAUUGGACCCGGAGUACAGUGUAUAUUGACGCGGAUUAUCAGUGAAAGGCGCAGUGGAUGCCUUGCAAUUGCCCACGCGGCUACCAGACGGGUCGUCGUGUGUUCUUAAGGAUGACCGCUCGCACGCAUCUGUACUAAGUGAAUGUUUAUUUAAAUCCAGCGGACAUGAGCGGGGACAUUUGUCGGAGUGAUACUGUACAGCCAUGUCGUGCUCACAAUGUGCAAUUUUGUACGACAGGUAUUUGUUUACAUUAAACAUUCAUGUAAUUAUAUAUAUAUUUAUAUAUAUUUAUUCCGCCAUGUCUUUUACAACUAAACAAGUGAAUGUGGGACUGAUUCAGGCCCUUUGUGCAUCUUUCGGUGUUUAAGACUCAAGUGAGGAUUUUGAGCCUCUCUCUUUGUAUUUAAGCUUUAUACAUGCAAUUGUGAGGUGGCGUGUUGACUCCUGUGAAAUAAAAGGAUGUUUCAUUGUUA